AUGGCUCCUCUUCAACAGGUCUCAAGACACGGCGGUCCAAACAAAUGUUUCGGCCUUUUCCAGAGUGCGCUGGAGUGCAUGACGAGCUCCACCACCGCCGAUAGAACAGAGUGCCUGCCGUUGCGACAGGACUACAUCGAGUGCCGCAAACACCGUCUGGAGACGUACAAGAUGUUCAUCGUGGAGAAACACCUGGACGAGCGCGAGGACCUGGACAGAGACGAGGUCGGCGCGCCGUACCUGAAAAGACGGGACUUUCUCACGCCCAAGACGCUCGGACUCGCCGACGGAGAGGACAAGCCGAUCCUCACGCACAAAUUCUGA